AUGCAUAAAGUUAUUUUCACAUCUUGUUUAAUACUUCAACUAGUUGUACUUCACGGGAAUGCACAGGAAACUGAAGAAACAAAGACGAUUCUAGAAUUUCACAAUACGGUUCGUAAAGCUGCUCUUGCUGGUAAAAUACCUAAUCAACCUAAAGCUAAAGUGAUGCCUCCUCUUACAUGGAAUGAGAAGUUAGCAGAAAUAGCUCAAAAACACGUUGAUAAAUGUGUCCUUGAAAGUGGAAAAAUGGAAGAUUUAUAUGUGAAGAGAUAUGAAUCAGUUGGUCAAGGUGUUGCAGAACACAUUUCAAUUCAAAAAUUAUUAGAAACUUGGUAUGAAGAGCACAAAGACUACAAAUUUGACACAAAUGAAUGCCCUAAAGAAUGCGGCAAUUAUAAACAGAUGGUUUGGGCUACGACAAAAGAAAUCGGAUGUGGUACAAAGUUAUGCGGUGAGAAGCAAAUGGUUGUGUGCAACUAUGGUCCAGGAGCCGAUGAUGGAAAACCAUACGAAAAGGCAGGAGACAGCGGUGAAGCCGGCGAGGAGUAA